GCUUGUCGGGCUUGUUUUGACGGCUCGACGUCUGUUGACACUCCACUGUUCUUAUGACCUUUUACCAUUUAUUUCGGAACAGUAUUUGACAACAUUUGAUAUUCUUUCAGCUGUCGCUAAGUGCGUGAAAGUGAAAAGGUAAGAGUCGAUGAGUCGAAGUCGAAACCCACCUCCCCGAGGUCAAGGGGCAGCACGCGCUAGACAGAUGGGGCUGCUCCUUGACCUGACCCCGGAUGGGGGGAUGGAUGAUGACGGUAACGAUGAAGAGUUUGAGGCUGAGCUACACAAUUUGAUGGGAGAAGGAGGAGGACCGCAAAGGAAAAAACGUGAAAAUAAAGGUCCCGUUGCAAUGGCUGACAUUGAGAGAAUGGCCGCUCUUUGCAUGAAAGACCUGGAUGAAGAGGACAUGAAUGAUGAAGAUUUGGUUGAUGAUGAAGAUCUGCUGGCGGAACUGAAUGAUGUUUUGGAGGACAAUGAAGAAAGCAGUCCUUCUCAGCUCUCACAGGCUCCUAGAGGCUCCCAAUCUUCUCCUGCAAAUUCCACUGGUGCAACUGGAUUGGAAAGCCGUGUGUUGGAGCGCCUUGAGAUGUACAAAACUGCCAUCUCCAAUGCAACUGCAUCUGGGGAGACAAGCAAAGCUCGAAGAUAUGAUCGUGGAUUAAAGACAUUGCAGUCCAUGCUUGCAUCAGUCAAAAAAGGAAAGCCAGUCAACGAAGAGGAGAUGCCACCUCCUGUUGCUUUAGGCGGAAAAGCUGGUGCUGCAGCUGAGUCUGAAUCCACAAACGAACAAGAAACGUCUGAGCCCAUGCUGAUUCCCUACCCUCCGGUCAAUCAAAAACCUUCUUGGGAGACAGAGCCAGCAGCUCCUAAUACUAAGCCACUCCAUUUAGCUCCACCCCACAACCCAGCUGCUGCCAUCACUCCGGAAACCCCGAUAAUCUCUCCAUUGACACCCUCUCAUCCUGGCACACAACACUCAGAACUUAAACAGACAGUGUUGUCCCGACAGAGAGAGUACAAGCUAGCGGCCAUACAAGCCAAACAGAGUGGUAACAUUGAACUGGCCAAACAGCACUAUGUCACUGCCAAGAAUCUGGAACCAUUGGUGGAGGCCAUUGAUAGGAAUGAACCAGUAGACCUGAGCUUGCUUCCUCCAAGCCCUGGUCAGUGUUCUGGAGACGUAGCCGAAUCACACGCACCACCUUCCGCUAAACGACAAGCCACUGCUGCUCCAGCAACCACGCAGGAACCAGCCGCUGACCUUGCCGCUCCCAGCAAUGUGGCAGAAGCCUUGCAGCAAAGAAUGGAUAUAUACAAAUCAGCAGCAGAUGGAGCUAAGAGCAAAGGAGAUGAGCGUAAAGCGCGUAUGCAUCAACGUAUUGUUAAGCAAUACCAAGAUUCUAUUAAAGCACACAAAGCUGGCCGACCUGUCAGCUUGUCGGAUCUACCUGUACCACCAGGUUGUCCACCAUUACAGGGCUCAGAGAAGGAUCCGCAAAACUUUAUGGGUGUCCUGGAAACAGCUAUGAAAAUAGCAAAUCGGGAUCCAGACGCAGAAGAAGACGAGGACAGUCCAAAAGAGACUGCCAAGUCCUCUGCGCGUGGAGUUGCCCAGAAAGCUAAAUCUCCAGCGUCUCAAGCCCCUGGGGUUUCCACAAUACCAAAACUGGGAGGCAAAGCACAACAGCAAGUGGAUUUCCUGUUGCUACGGCGACAGGCAUUUUUGCGUGCAGCACUACACUCAAAAAAGAUGAAGGACAUGACGGCAGCAGCGCAGCACCUCAGACACGCUAAAGGACUCGACCCCAUGAUCGAAGCAGCAAAGUCUGGCCUCCCUAUUGAUAUCACCAAGAUACCCAGCAGUCCAAUCAGUGAGGAAGACUUUUUGCUGACUCGUUCCCGUACAUCACCUCAUUCUUCUCGUAUCAGUGGACAAUACCAGACCCUCAUGGAUCUUUUGCGAAAGCAGCAUGAGAAAUGUCUGAGUCGCUCACAGCAGUUCAUACUCAUGGGCAAUAUUGGCGAGGCUCUCAAGUGUGAAAAGCUUGUAGAAGAUUCCUUAAAAAAUGUAGAGAUACUGAAGGAUUCCUACACCAAGGGCCAUCCAGUGCCCAACUGUCACACGAAAGAGAAGACCUUCAGUGUUGUCAAGAACUACCCCAAUCUGACUCCCAAUGAGAUGAUACUGUACAUCAUCAGAGGCAUCAACCUACCAGUUCCCCCUGGUGUCUCGUCUAAUGAUCUGGAUGCCAGUGUGAAGUUUGAGUUUCCUUUUCCCAGUGUGGAGGAGGCACAGAGGGACAAAACCAGCACGAUAAAAAGUACUACCAGUCCGGAGUUUAAAGAGCAGUUCAAACUCAACAUCAACCGAGCGCACAGAGGAUUUAAACGAGUCAUCCAGUCCAAAGGCUUCAAAUUUGAGAUCAUCCACAAGGGAGGCCUCUUUAAAACAGACAAGGUUGUGGGCACAGCUCAACUGAAGCUUGAGGGUCUAGAAAACCAUUGUGAUGUCAGAGAAAUUAUCGAGGUGAUGGAUGGACGUAAAGCCACAGGUGGCAAGUUAGAGGUGAGGGUGAAGAUCAGAGAGCCCAUAUCCGGGGUAGAACUCCAGCCUACGACAGAAAAGUGGCUAGUCCUUGAACCAGUCUCUCCUGUCUCACCUCCAGAGCGACAAAAAGAACGGGUUCCAAAUUUUGGAUCUAAACCUAAACGUGAGGUGAGCAACAGAAGCAGCCACUCCAGCAGCUCUCCCCCUCAGUACAAGCUGCACAGCUUCAGCCUCCUCAACUACGACAAGGAACGAUUAGAGAGAAAGAUUGCGGAGUACAGUAAGAACCGGCGGGAUCCCCCAACUGAUGUCUUGCAUCAGUACAAAGAGAUCACACACAGGCUGCAGUGGCAAAAGGCUCAGUUAGAGGGAGCCUCUCCUUCUCUGCUCUCAGAGUAUGAAAGUGUGCUGCAGCGCUUCACCCAAGGACUCGCUGACUCUGUGAAGAAAUUUUCAAGUCAAGGCAAUCGGGAUGCUGCCAAGGAUGCUCUGAGCAGGAUGAAGAUGGUAGAGGCUGAGCUGGAAUCACUGAAGAGGAAACGCACUAGAUAAGGGGAGACUAGUUUGGCCAAGGAUUUGCUGGAGUAAAGUUGUCUUCUCUCUUCUUGUACACAAAGAUACAAACACUAGCACUCCACACUCAAGACCUUUGUCAUGGUUCUAUGCUGCACGACCAUAACAAAUGCAGGGAGCCACGUGUUAAUUAAGAUUAUAUUUUGUUGGGGGAAAAAAAAAACACAAAAAAGGGAAACCUAAAUAAAAACAAAUAGAAUAGUUUUACACUAAAAAGACAAGAGGUAUUUGUUGUUAAAAGGACAAACACUACUGUAAACCUUCUCAAAAAUCCCCAUGAUUGUUUUAUGUGUGCUUUCAAGUGCACAUAACCAAAAUGGGUACGUGCUUGAUCAAUACUCUGAGGUAUUUUAGCACCUUUCCUCGUUAUUUUAUGGGUAUAAGGAUUUUAAUCUAAUCUGUCUGGUUCAAUGUUCUCAGAUUAUAGUAAUCUGCUGCAUUUGCAGUGGUGUGAUAUGGGAGUGAAAAAACAACAAAAACGGGGCUUUGGGGCACCAUAGCCUACAUCCCAUAAUGAGGGAUUAGUGUUUGUGUCACCAAGGAGACAACUACAUCAGACAUAAAGUCGCCUUUGGGGUUGCAGAAGGGCGGAGUGUUAACAGUGUGCUGUGAAUGUUGUAGCAGUUUAGCACUGCCUUCUUCAUCAGCCACUUGCUUUUUGACACCUCCUUCACCUUCUCUGUCUUCACACUAAUUCCCUUCACAUACUUUCAGGCAUUACUCAGCGUUACAUGCAGCUCCAUUUGGAUUUUCUUCUAAAUCUCAAACAGAGUUAAAUCCUCGGUGCCGUCUAAUAGAAAAUAAUUAGCAGCUUCUACCGCUAUAACUGUGUAUUCAUUCAUAUAAAUGCUGGGCAGAGCCAUCAAUUUAAGAUCUCUUUGAUUAUGUCUCAUGUACUUUUUUGGUGCUCUUAAUUAUAAUUUGUCAAUUGAAAUGGUGUUAGAAAAGAUUACCGUCAAUCCAACCAUUUUCAAAUGCUUCUGCUGUCGAUGGUGGUGGGGCGCUUCCUUUCAUAUCGGUGACAUGCUGUAUUCACGCGUGCUUGCUUACUGCCUCGAUUCGCUCUGACAGUUAAGAGAGCAUCAUUAAUGGCGGUCCAUACUUGUGCUCUCUACGAUGACGAACGGGCCUAAAUGUUUGCUGUUGUGUUGGUUUACAUUUGGAAAUUAUAAUUUACAUCACAGUUUUUGUCAAAAUUAUCCUGAGAGUUUUUUUUUUUUUGACAAUGUUUUCUUUCUUUAUGGAGCAGACAAAAAAUAAUCCGCGUGGAUAGUGCUGAAUUUAGAUGAUGUUCAUUUGUUCUUGGCCUGAAAUGUUAAAACCAAAUUAAAAAACAAUUAAAAUGCCACUUUCACUUAUAAAUUCAAGCAGAUUGCUGUUGCUAUGGAAACAGUUUCGCAAAAACUAUCAUUUUUACUGAUAGUGAAGCACUAUAUCGUUAAUACUUUUCACCCAAUGAAUUAAACAAUUAUGUAGUAUGUAAAACUGCUUUGAUGCAUCAGUGAAAUAGCCAGAAUCGCUCAAACCGACUUCAAGAAAUAUGAAUGUAUUUUACCCAUUUCACCUGAUCUCCCACCUGCUUACAGAAGCUUUUAACUCUACAUCAGCUCAAAACACACAAACACAACUUGACACAUUACCCGCUCUUUGAGUAAGAGGCUGUGUUGUUGUCAUGGUGACAAGAUCAUCAGCAUUCAGUGAGGAUUUUGGAUGGUUUGAGUUGUGCAGAAUUACAUACAUACUGUAAUUCAAAACUUUGCUCAUCUGAUAAAUAAAUUACUUUCUCAAUCACACACGCACACAUAUAUUUUAUGUGUAUGUACGUAUGUAUGUGUAAUGAGGCUCCAUCGUCAGAAUGACUGCAGGGAAAGCGGUGUGGCUUAUUAUUGUCAUUAUUUUGUCUAGUUGUAUGUAUUUCAUUGGGUUGCGCUUGUUGAACAAAUCACCUUUUUUUAUUCUGUUCUUCCAUAUAAGUGCAAUCAGAAACUAUUUAUAUACAGAACAAUGGCAUUUGAUGCUUUUUCUCUAUUUUCAAACGUGUCAUGACGAUUUGUGCAUCGCAAAGCGGGAAUGAAUCAAAAGUGUAAUAUGUACAGGGUUUGUUUUAAUAUGAAUAAAUGGUAAACUCUG